UUCGAAACAUCGAUUAACUGGUUACGUUGGCGUAAAGUACAGUUCACAGCACAACAAUACCAAAAAACACCAUAAAUAGUGGGGGAUGAUAUUCAUGCGAUACUUUUAAUCGAUAUGCUAUCGAUAUAAAUACAACACACAAACUCGAAUAAAAGGUUUAUUUUUUAUUUUUCUAUCACAAAUUGUUGCAAAAAUUUUAAAAUAUUUUUUUUCAAAAAUGUAUUAUGCAUUUUUAUGUACUGUACAAUGACGAUGUUGAGGGAAUUUAUAUCGUACGAUAAGCCGCGAAAAUGUCGGGUAUUUGCGCGUAAAAUGUACAUAUCGAUAGCAAUAAAUUAUCGAUUUAGUCUGUACGUGCCUAUUAUAAAUAAAAAUAAUAAUAUUAAGCAUAAGUGUUGAUUUCGUGAAUGCACCGCUUUUAAAACGACCAUGGAAGUGGAAUAUGAUGAUUCCGGCUGGCAGGGCCGAGCAAAACAAACUGCAAGCGGCGAGCAGGAAGUGCACGAGGAUAAUCCACAGAAAACAAUUAAAGAAUGUCUGGAGAAAUUCCUGACACCGGAUUACAUAAUGGAGCCGGGAAUAUUUACGCAAUUGAAGCGUUACUUCCAAUCCGGUGGUUCGCCCGAAGAAGUCAUUUCCAUGUUGUCGGAGAACUACAAAGCCGUCGCCCAGAUGGCCAAUCUGCUGGCUGAAUGGUUGAUAUUAGCCGGCGUCAAAGUGACUGAAGUUCAGGCAAUGGUUGAGAAUCAUUUAAAGGAAAUGAUUCUCAAGUCCUUCGAUCCAAAGAAGGCUGACACGAUAUUCACAGAGGAGGGUGAGACGCCAGAUUGGUUAACGGAGAUGAUAGAUCAUUAUACGUGGCGCUCGUUGAUAUAUCGUUUGGCCGAAGAAUACCCCGAUUGCCUUAUGCUCAAUUUUACAAUAAAACUGAUAUCAGACGCGGGCUUCCAAAGUGAAAUUACCUCAAUCUCGACGGCAGCGCAGCAAAUCGAAGUCUUCUCGCGUGUGCUAAAGACAUCGAUUGUCAAGUUCUUGAACAAUCCAGAUGAUGUGCACGGCGCGAUACAGGAGUGUGCUCGCAUGGUGUGCCAUGGCCAGCACACGUAUGUUUAUUCUCAGGUUCUGAUCCAGGUGCUCAGUCAGGAGCAGAAGGGUGGCUUCAACAUGAAGCGAUUGUCACAGGAGAUCAUCAAAUACGCACUGCAAAACAAUCAAAAUGUGACUCCCAUAACGAUGGCUCUGAAUGGUUCGGCUGUCUAUCCGCAGGCAUGUCAAGCGCUUACCUCAAUGUUAACACGCAAUACCUUGAAUCCGGCUGACAUUACGGUGCUGUUUCGCAACUAUUCGGGUUCUGAUCCGCCACCAAUUGACCUCAUACGCAAUCCACAAUUCCUCGAGCUGCUGGUCGAUGCCUUGUUCCGGGCAAGCGUUAAAAUCAAUCCCGAACACAAGCCAAAAUAUGUCUUUCUGCUGGCAUACGCAUCGUCCGUUAUCGAUCAGCCGGCAAAGAAGCGACCGCUAACGGAUCGGCUGCUCAACAAGGACGAGCUGAAGAGCACCAUACAGGCUAUCGAGAAGGCGCACGCCAUCUGCAUUGUGGAUCAGGGCUCAACGGAAUUGAUUGCCGAACUGCAGACGCUCUACAAUUGCAUUAAAUAUCCCGUUGUGGGUGUUGGUGUGAUACGUUGGAUUGAGAAUGUGGUGAUGGAACCAUCGUAUUUUAAGCUCUCCACCGACAGCUGUCCCACGCAUUUGGCUGUGCUGGACGAGGUGGCAGGCGUGCAUCCAACGUUGCAGCAGCAAAUUUUAUUUCUAUUGAUUCGCUUAUUUGAAUCGAAACAGGAUGAGCUGGAGAUACUUGUGCAGCUGGAGAUGAAGAAGAUGAUAUUGGAUCGCAUGGUCAAUCUGCUGACACGGGGGUGUGUUGUGCCCGUGCUUCGCUAUAUUAAACAAUGCUGUGCCAUCGAGGACACGGACAUCUCGUUGAUACGUUAUUUUGUUACCGAAGUGCUUGAGACAAUAACGCAUCCAUAUUCCCCUGAAUUUGUGCAACUCUUUCUGCCCAUGGUCGAGAACGAGGAGAUCACCGGAACUAUGCGUGGCGAGGGCGAUAACGAUCCUGUUUCUGAAUUCAUUGUUCACUGUAAGCACAAUUACACCACUCUAUAGCAAACAAUUAUAUAGCAUUCUAAGUACAAAACCGUAUAUUUAAGUCCAUCAUGUAUGUGUAAAGAGUCCAGUUAUCAAAUUUUUCAUAUACGUAUAUAUUAUAUAUAUAUAAAUAUAUUCUAUACACUCGAUAUCAACACUCUUUUAAUGCGUUUUCCUUUUUUCCGUCUCACUCGAAUCCAUGGUAAGCAAAUUCAAAGUUCACGUAGUUUUCGUUUGUUUUUUGUUUUAUUUUUAUUGCAACCAAUGAUCAUUAUUAGUAACUCAUACAGAGGAUCGUCGUCAAUUGCAUGAAUGCGUGUUUAAUUAUAAUAUGUUUUCUUUUCUUUCUCAUUUGUAACUAACUAAAAAAAAGUUUUUGUAUGUUGUGUUCCAACUUCUUAAAAUUAUGACUCGUUGCAACACUUUUUUUUAAACAAAAAAUUGCAUUGACUAUGUAAUAUUUACACACAAAGUAAACAAAAAAAAAAACAGAUUCAUUUAAAUAUACAAUAAUGUAAAUAUAAAAUUGAGCGUUUAUA